AUGGUUGCUUGUUUUUUAACAAGGGGAGACUUAUGGAUUUCUUGGGAAGAAGGAGCUAAAGUAUUUGAAAAUUACCUUCUUGACUAUGACUGGUCAUUAAAUGCUGGUAAUUGGAUGUGGCUGUCUGCAUCUGCUUUCUUUUAUAAAUAUUUUAGAGUUUACAGCCCUGUUGCAUUUGGCAAGAAAACCGAUAAAGAUGGCUUGUACAUUAGAAAGUAUGUUCCAGAGUUAAAAAAAUAUCCAAGUGAUUAUAUUUAUGAGCCAUGGAAGGCACCUAAAUCUAUACAAACUAAAGCUGGGUGUAUAGUAGGUAUUGGGUAUCCAAAACGUAUUGUUGAUCAUGACAAAAUUCAUAAAGAAAAUAUACAAAAAAUGUCCUUAGCCUAUAAGAAUAAUAGAGAGAAGAAAGCUAUGAAGAGACCAAGGUCAUAA